AUGGAAUUGUCCCAGUCAAGCUCGUCUUUAAAGAAAAACACCAUUUCUAAAAGAGAAAGCACCCAGCGUGAGUAUAUAAGUAAUGCAGCACUUAUUGGUCUUGCCAAUUGUUAUGGUGCAUCCUUUGGAAUCAAGUGUCCUGUUUUAAACAACAAAAGUUUCAUCAACUUUGACCACUUCACAAUAACAUCUUCUUCGUUGUUUCCGUCGUUUGCAAGGAUUGUUGAUGCGGACAGAAAGACCAAGAAGAAUGAAGACGCCCAAAUAUAUAAUUUUAUUGCAGGAUGGCUGGCUGAAACUUUUGAAUUGGGCUCUGAAGCACGAAAAACACACUCAAGCAAGAAACAAAUAGGACAAGUGAAGUAUGCACGGAUGGGCCCAUUUUCUGAGAAGGGGUUCAAAGAAUUUGGGGUUGGUGUGAUUGGCAUUAUCAGAGCACUUCCUAAGACACACUACGCGAGAAGGCAAAACUUGGCCACUUUAGAUCCUUAUAACCUUUCUAUAUGCCAACUCUACAACACACUGAUAACUGAACCCGAAAACCUUUAUGAUUAUCAACAGAGUUCUAGCGUUUCUAAUACACAAGAAACACAGUCUUCUGGUAUAGAUGAAAAACAAACCGAUACAUCGGUUCAAACCAAUUCACUUAGUAUGGACACACCUUGUUUUUAUAUGGCAAUGGGGAAUAACCAAUUUCCCAAUGCUCAACUGACAAGCGUGUUUCAGUGUCCCACAGCUGUAUUAUACACUGUGGAGUUAAAUCCUAUAUAUGUCUCCUUAUCAACCCAAUAUUAA